AUGUAUCUGGAUAUCAAGAAAGAUAUGGAGGAGUUGAAGAGCGAUCUUAUCCGAUCGCAAAGUAUUGUUAUCAAGCUGCAGGCUGAACUUCUGGAAAGCAAAUCGAAGCAGUUGGAAUCCGUGCAUUCCACCGUCAAGACCGCCGUUCAGGACACUUUUCAAGCUGGGAUAAUCACAUACAGUCAAGCUGUUUCAAAAGCCGCACCUGUACUCACAGAAGAGAGUUUGAAAAAGGUUGUACAGAAUGUUAUAUCAGGAGAGGAUCGAACUAAGAAUGUGUUAAUAUUUGGUUUCGAGGAGACUAGUGACUUAUUGGUCUUAGAGAUGAAACAGAUUGCCAAAGAAGACAUGCAGAUAAACAAUAUUAUAUCAGAAGUGCCAAAGUUGAGGAAGGAGAGGCCCUUUGAGAGAGCGAAAGACUGGAAGCUGAUAUGGGACGAGGAUACACUACCUGCCCAGUUCCCACAGCACAUCUACAACACAGCGGAGAGACCCGACAUUGUAGUAUGGUCGGAUAGUUUGAGAGAAGUAGUUCUGAUUGAACUGACUUGUGGUGACGAGAGUAACUUCAGUGACCAAGUAGCACGUAAAGAAGCACGCUACAACAGAGAACUGAUUCCUGGCAUCGACGGGUGCGGUUGGAAAGCUCUGCUCUUUACGGUAGAGAUUGGGUGUAGGGGCUUCUGGCACCAUACUGUACCAGCUCUAUUUAACUACUUUGGAUUGGCGAAGAGAACGAAGAAUAAAGCCCUGAAUGAGGCUGCUUUGGUCGCUCUUCGAUGUUCCUAUACAAUCUGGUUAGCCCGCGACAACAAGAAAUGGUCUACCUGCUACGACAUCGCAAGGAGGCCAGAAGUCAUAAACUGUGAAAGCUGA